AUGGUAACUGAGGAAAGUCUUGAUGGAGGCUUUAAAAACACCGAUGAGAGGGUACCCUUAAAUCACAGCAUCGAGAAGGAGAAAACCAUAAGACAUAUUGGUUAUUUGUUCUGCUCAUACUCUGUGCAAAAAAUUCAGGUUGGAAUCUGUUUGCUUCUAGCAGAGCUGUGUGAGAGGUUCGUUUUCUUCGAAGUCGUCUGCAAUAUGAUUCCCUUCUGUAUUGUCAAGCUUGGUUAUCGCAAUUACCAGGCCGCCAUUUUGAACCUGUGUUUUAUUGGAGCGUCAAUCCUUACCCGGGUGUUUGCAGGUUGGCUUGCUGAUGUCUGCCUAGGAAGAAACAAACUGGUCCAUAUUUGCUUAUUUCUGCAUUUUCUAGGCUCUGCUUUAUUAUCUGUGGCUGCCUUUCCCUUGGAGGAUUUCUACAUAGGCACUCACCAUCUGAUUAACAACGGGUUGGUGGCAAGAUGGAUAGAACCCUUGCUGGGCAGCCAGACAGCUGGCAGGAACCUGGCUGUGUCACUUAGGUUUUAUUGGAUCAUGAACUUGAGUGCAACUGUGGUCUUUCUGGGAAUAUCUUAUAUCCAGCACUCAGGGGCCUGGGCCCUGGUUUUACUUAUUCCUUUUAUGUCCACACUUAUGGCUCUGAUAACUCUUUAUAUGAUGCACUAUAACCUGAUUUAUCAGCCAGAAAAAUGUUGCUCCCUCCUGACAACAUUCAGGGUGUUUGUUAAUGCACUGAAAACAUGUUGUCUGCAGUAUUGCCACCUUGGCGGAGGUGUGACAAGCUGGUUGGGCCAUGCCAAGGAAAAAAAUGGCGGUCGCUACAGUGAGCUCCUUGUGGAAGACACAAAAUUUUUCUUCAACCUUCUGCCACUGUUUAUUUUUCAUCUCCUCUACAAAACGUGCAUUAUGAGAUUCCUUCAGGAUAUUAUCUGCAGACCCACCGGCCUGCUUCCCUCUAAGAGAGAUGGCUCUUUUCUGUCAGCAUGCAUUCUCGCUGGCAAUCUUUCUGCUGCCUUGUCAGUGUUGGUAGCUGGCUUCUUGGAAAUACACAGAAAGCGCUUCCCUCCAGUGGAGCAACCUCUUUCAGGCAAAGCUGUCAUCAUCUCCUCCAUGCUCUGGUCCCACCUGGUUCUUCAAUACGUUUUACUCGGAGUGGCUGAAACCCUGGUCAACCCAGCCUUCUCUGUAAUAUACAGAUUUGUUCCAAGUACCAUCAGAGGAACCUUUAUGAAUUGCUUGACACUGACCAGUGGAUUUGCUUGUUUCAUGGGGGCACUGCUGUUGGAGUUGGUCUACCUCAUCUCAGAAGGCAAUUGGUUUCCAAACACAUUAAACAAAGGCAAUUUAGAAAACUUCUUCUUCUUCUUGGCAUCAUUAACAUUGUUGAACGUCCUGGGAUUCUGGAGUGUUUCGCAAAGGUAUUGUAAUUUAAAUCAUUUUAAUGCUCAGAACACCAGUGGAAGUAAUCUCGAAGAAACCCUUUCCCUCCAGGAGAAGUCUCUGAAAUUUUAUGGCAGUACACAGGAAUUUUCUUCGAGUAUUGAUCUUUGGGAAACAGCCCUGUGA